AUGGCGGCAAAGCUAAACAGUGAUCAUGUAGAAUUGCUCGCUACUGCACUCAUUCGAGAAUAUCUAAGCAGAAAGGGCUUGAAGAAUUCUCUUGCAACACUCGAUGCAGAGCAACCACGAUGCGAAAAUAGUAUUACCAAUCGAGUUGAACUUGCCAAGCAACUACAUAUUGAGAAGCUACUAAAGAAAAAUAAGGAGUCAUGUGGAAAACAGUACAAGACCAUGGUUGAAGUUAUUGCGAAACAUUACUUGGAAAAACACAGCUCAACAACUAGACAAAAAGAGCGGAAGUCUGCAUCAAGUAAAUCUGAGAAAACAAUGUCUACUGUAAAUAAAGUGGAUAUUGAGUCAGAAGACGUGUAUUACCUCAUCACAAAUCCACGGCAACAAUGUGACUCAAAUGUUCAGGAUAUCACAGGAACUGACAGAAAAGAUAGUGAGACAGCUGUUACUACAACUGACAGGAAUGUAUGCUUGAAAGUAUCACAGCCAGAUGAAGAAAGAUUUCCUGAUCACAACAGUGGUACAGAAGAUUGUAAUCUAGUCAUGAGUGACAACAGUGGCAAACGCAACCCGAACUUGUCUAAAUAUGUAGGUAGGCAGCACAAUAGUACUGAUGCGAACAGGGAUUUAUUUGCCAAGAAUAUGAAAGCAGCCCUUUUAGAUGACAGUCUAGACCUUUAUGUCAAGAAGAGGCCCGAAUCUUUACAGACAUUAAGACAAAUGGAUGGCUGUUUCACAGUUCAAUCUCCAUCUACUAAAUCACAGAAGAGGUUACAAGCUAUAGAAGUGGCAAAAGAAUCUAAAUUGGGUGAGAGAUUGCAAAAUGAGAAUGCUACAAUCAAUUAUCAGCAUCCAUCUGCAUUCGUUCAAGACAAUCACAUUGCUCUAACCAUGGGCAGCAAGGUGUUAGACAGUAAGAAAAAUGCCUCGGCGACAAAUGAGAAUAGUCAAGUCGAGCUAAAUGCUGCAGAGCUCUUUGCAAGAAAACACAAGUGUGUGGAAAGGAUUGGGGACAUUGAAAUCGAUGAUCUGGAGGAUUUAGACGAUGACCUCAGUGGUAUUGAUGUCGGCCAUCCCAUUGUCUGUAAGAGGAGAGUUGUAGUUGGUACUCCUAUCACACUGGAUACUGCUUGUGCGCUGAAAUCAUUGAUAUUUGGAUCUGGGAUGCAGAGGUUCAGCAUAGAAUGGCAAAUGCAAGGAUUUUCAUUCUGUGAUUUACCUGAACUGCAAUAUGGUCUUGUGCAGAAAAAGGGAGGACCGUGCGGGCUGUUGGCAUCUGUUCAGGCAUGCAUGCUUCAGCACUGGCUGUUCUCAGAAGAACAGUGCUGGUCUUCAAGUAAGAAGCUAGCUCCCACUUCAGAGCAGCGAAGCAAGUAUCUGCGUGUUGCACUUGCCUCUAUACUGUGGCGUGCUGGAAGCAAGAAGCGUGCUGUUGUGGCAGUGCCUUCUGGAAAGGCUGCCUUUGUUGCUAACAGUCAGUAUAGAUGUGAUCAGCUGACGGAAACACUCACCUUGCAUACAUUUGAUGAGUUCUCGGGACUGGAAGAGUUCCUGCGGAAUGACUGCACACAGUAUGACUCAGACCAUAAUGGAUCCUGCAUCACAUUCCUGUACUCAGUAAUCUUGUCCAGGGGAUUUGACAGAUUAAAAGCAGACAUGGAUGAACCAUCCAAUACACUUAUGGGUCUUCAUGGUUACUGUACUCAGGAAAUCGUCAACCUGCUACUCACGGGAACAGCCUUCUCCAAUGUGUUUGACGGCACUGUACUGCUGGAUUCUGGAGGAGCGGUAUCUUCUCUCAGAGGAAUUCCGGAAAGAUCCGACAUUGGCUUCCUCUCCCUGUUCGAACACUACGGUUCCUGUGAGGUGGGUGGUAACUACAAGAGGCCAUGUUACCCUAUCUGGGUAGUGUGCAGUGAGAGCCACUUCACCGUGUUGUUUGCACUGGAACGUGAUGCAGUCGCACACACUACGUUUGACCUGCACUACUACGAUGGGCUAGCAGGACAAGAUGAGCCCAUCCGGUUAACUGUGGAUACGUCUACGUCUACUAACUCCCUACAGUCGCACGUCAGUGGGCUGGUGCCGCCUCUGGAGCACUGCAUACACACGCUGUGGAACGAUGCACACGUGGAAUGGAAUGGAUAUGAUCCAAUUCUGUGAUAUCCUAGCUGGAGUACCAACACAUACACGCUCCCAUUACAUGAAAACAAGACAAGCAUGCUGAGCCCUGAAGGUGUGACGAAGCUGUUAGCUGCAUCCAAGAAUAAAAGUAUACAUACGAUAUUCCUAAAUUAUACUUACACUUCUUAAUUAACUUUUUUUUUGUCGACCAAGGUGGGCAUGAUGUUGCUUCCUUGAUUCGGGAACAUUUUGUUCCUUACAAGGCUAUACUAGUCAGGGUUCGAGGUCCUCCGGGUCGGGUAUUUUUAUUGUGACACCAUCACUAUUAGUUAAAUCCUUCCCGCACCUAUGUGGAACAUAAUUUACAUUGUGUAACAUUAUAAUGCAGUAUGAGCCCUGGGAAGUCAUAUAGAGCACAUUGUUUGGCUGCAAGUUCGCAUAUUUUUUAAGUCACUAUGAUAAUAUGGGAAGAUUUGGAAUAUAGUUGUCAGAAAGUACCAGUACCGGUUAAAAUUUAUUGUAUUAUGUAUCUGUCAGUGCUGAAGUAAAUCAAACCUAGCCACAUAACAUAGUGAAGGCACUUAAUGGUUAAUUGCAACAAUAUCAUUCUGCAAAACAAUGCUUACAAAUGUAAAUGUCCAGACUUCCUAUGAAUUUAUUUAGUAUGUGUUUUAAAUAUAUAAUUAACUAUAUCAGGAGUACAUGAAUGGGGAUAAUCCAUGUACUUUAUUUGUAUUGCCUUUUAGGCAUAGUAUAUGUCAUUUUCCUGUAUUUCAUUGAGAUUAAAAUCUACUUUACGAGUUCAGGUUUGAUAGUAUUCAUUAAAAAAAAUUUCUUUUUUGUAAGACAUA